GUUUUAUAUAAUCUGAAAACAUGCCUAAAUUAACAGCAAAGACAACCAAGAAAACAACCCCCUCCGAGGACAUGAGAGCCUUUGGUCCUAUUUUCAAUAAAGAUCUUGGCCAGCACAUUUUAAAAAAUCCUCUUGUUGCUCAAGGCAUUGUUGAUAAGGCUAAUCUUGUUAGUUCAGAUACUGUAUUGGAAAUUGGUCCAGGUACUGGUAAUUUAACAGUUCGUAUUCUUCCAGCUUGUAAAAAAGUGUAUGCUGUUGAAAUGGAUCCUCGUCUUGCAGCUGAAUUACAAAAACGUGUACAUGGAACCUCUGAACAAAAAAAACUUAAUAUUUUACUUGGUGAUUUUAUGAAAACAGAUCUUCCCUAUUUUGAUGUUUGUAUCAGUAAUACCCCAUAUCAGAUCUCAUCUGUUCUUGUGUUUAAAUUGUUGGAACAUCGUCCAUUGUUCCGUGUUGCCAUUCUCAUGUUUCAACGUGAAUUUGCUUUACGUUUAGUAGCCAAACCAGGUGAUGAAUUAUAUUGUCGAUUAUCAGUUAACGUACAAUUGUUGGCCAAAGUAGAUCAUGUGAUGAAAGUCGGUAAGAAUAACUUUCGUCCUCCACCCAAAGUCGAAUCAUCUGUCGUUCGACUUGAGCCAAAGAAUCCUCCUCCACCUGUUAAUUUUAAAGAAUUCGAUGGUUUAUUGCGUAUUUUGUUCACAAGAAAACACAAAACUUUUUCUGCCAAUUUCAAACAAUCUACUGUAUUAGAUAUGCUUGAAAAAAAUUACAAAACUUAUUGUGCUGCUCAUGAGAUGAUGGUCGAAUCUGAUUUUGAUAUUAAAGCUAAAGUAACUCAAAUUCUUGAAUCUGUUAGUAUGUCAGAUAAGCGUGCAGCAAGAUGUGAUUUAGAUGAUUUCUUAAAUCUUUUACUUGCAUUUAACACUGCUAAUAUUCACUUUUCUUAACAAAAGAUAUCGUUUUCUGUUUUCUCUUUUUUUUUUAAUUUAUUACAUGUAAAGCAUUAAUAAUUGUAUUAGUAGUAGUAGUAGUAGCAGCAAUAUAGUAGACACUUAUUCAUAGAUCAUUUUAUAUUCGUUAUUUAUAAAUCAAUAAAUAACUAUACUAUUAUUCAAAAAUGACU